AGUGCGGCGCCACUCGGCGCCGCUCGCUCUGCUCCGCGCCCGCCCGCGCAGCCCGCACCCUCACACUGCUUGGUUGCUACCGGGUGACGCGGGCUGGGCCCGCCCCCUGCCUGCCGGCCCCUGCACUCACUCGCGCCCGCCGCCGCCGAGCAGGCAGCAGCCGCGUCAGGGCCGUCCGGGGGCGCCGCCAGCGAUGCCCGCAGCCCCCGACGCGCCCCGCCGGGCUCGCUGAGCCGCCCCCGGCCGGGGCCGCGCCGAGCCAGGCCGGGCCGCGCCCGGGCGGGGCCGCGCUGCCUGCAUGACCCUCCGGCGGCGCGGGGAGAAGGCGACCAUCAGCAUCCAGGAGCAUAUGGCCAUCGACGUGUGCCCCGGCCCUAUCCGGCCCAUCAAGCAGAUCUCCGACUACUUCCCCCGCUUCCCGAGAGGCCUGCCCCAGGCCGCGGGGCCCCGCGCCGCUGCGCCCCCGGACGCCCCCGCUCGCCCGGCCGCGGCUAGCGCCAGCCGCCGCAACCCCUCCGACGGCGCCCGCGACGACGACGAGGAUGUCGACCAGCUCUUCGGAGCCUACGGCGCCAGUCCUGGCCCCAGCCCCGGCCACAGCCCGGCACGGCCGCCCGCCAAGCCGCCGGAGGACGAGCCGGACGCCGACGGCUACGAGUCCGACGACUGCACCGCCCUGGGCACACUGGACUUCAGCCUGCUCUAUGACCAGGAGAACAACGCCCUCCACUGCACCAUCAGCAAGGCCAAGGGCCUGAAGCCGAUGGACCACAACGGGCUAGCGGACCCCUACGUCAAGCUGCACCUGCUGCCAGGAGCCAGUAAGGCAAAUAAACUCAGAACAAAAACUCUCCGAAACACUCUGAACCCCACGUGGAAUGAGACCCUCACUUACUAUGGGAUCACGGACGAAGACAUGAUCCGGAAGACCCUGCGGAUCUCUGUGUGCGAUGAGGACAAAUUCCGCCACAACGAGUUUAUCGGGGAGACACGGGUGCCCCUGAAGAAGCUGAAGCCCAACCACACCAAGACGUUCAGCAUCUGCCUGGAGAAGCAGCUGCCGGUGGACAAGACAGAAGACAAGUCCCUGGAGGAGCGGGGCCGUAUCCUUAUCUCCCUCAAGUACAGCUCGCAGAAGCAGGGCCUGCUGGUCGGCAUCGUGCGGUGUGCACACCUGGCUGCCAUGGACGCCAAUGGCUACUCCGACCCCUACGUGAAAACAUACCUGAAGCCAGAUGUGGACAAGAAAUCCAAACACAAGACAGCAGUUAAGAAGAAGACCCUGAACCCGGAGUUCAAUGAGGAGUUCUGUUAUGAGAUUAAGCACGGGGACCUGGCCAAGAAGACCCUGGAGGUCACUGUUUGGGAUUAUGACAUUGGAAAAUCCAACGAUUUCAUUGGUGGUGUGGUUCUGGGCAUCAAUGCCAAGGGCGAGCGCCUGAAGCACUGGUUUGACUGCCUGAAGAACAAGGACAAGCGGAUCGAGCGCUGGCAUACCCUCACCAACGAGCUCCCAGGGGCGGUGCUCAGCGACUGACCAGCCCCCCGCCCGCCACCAUUCCUGCCCUGCCUGUCACCUGGCCUGGGCCCUGGGCUUCCUCAGCAGCCGCCAAGGGCCUCAGUCCCUUGGGGGGGAUCCAGGACAGCUGCUCAGACACAGAGCCUUGACAGCCCCCGCUUAGAGGCCGGGGAGGGCCCCAGCCCCACCACUCUGAGGGACACACGGGCCCGGGGCUCAGCCUGCUUUCCACCCCCAGGGCCCCAUGGGGCCAGAGGCAGGAGGAGAGGACCUGGGCCUCAGCACCCACACUGGGAACAAAGGUGGGGCUGUCUGGGGGCAAGGACCCUAUUAGAGGUCAGCAGCAAGUCACAGGGGCCCCCAGGCUGAGUGAUCAGGAAUACAGGGGUGCCUCGGCAGAGCCAGUGACUCCCCAGAGGGACGUUAGGGAGAGGGGCACAGCAGGGAGAGUACGGGCAGGGCCAGAACUCUGCAGAGAGCUUGCUGCUGAAGGGAGGUCUGACCGCAUCUGUGCAUCUCUGGCGUUUCUGUGCAGGUGAGAAAAGCUGACCUGAGAGCCAGGAGUCUGGUGAAAUCCCUGGGGGCGCCCAGUGAGCAGCAAUUGACAAGUGCUUUACCCGAUGGCGCUACAAGGCCCUGGGGAUGAGUGAGACCAGGGCCUGCCCUCAGGAAGCUCCCUGGCUAGUCAGGGGACCAGAGACAAAACACUACAACACGGAGUGGCCAGCCUGACCCACCUGUGAAUGGUGUGGAUUCUGUUGACUCUUCUGGGAGGGCUUCCGGAGGGAGGUGAUGGUUUAGCAAGGCCCUAAAGAGUGAGUGGAGCUUCUAGACAAAGGGGAAGGGCAGUGCGGGCAGUACGGAUGCCCUGAACAAAGGCCUGGGUGGAGAGAGAACAGCGAGUGGGCCAGGGAGGCUGUGUAGGAGGCAGGUCUGUCUCUGGGGCAGUUUGUUAGGAUAGCCCUGGCCCUACCCCCACGCUGGGCUGCCCAUCUGGCCUGGGCCCUGGGGGAAGUGGCAGGCUCACCACAUGCUGAAAACUGAGGCUGGUCCAGCGUCAGCUUCAGUCCCCAGACCGCCCUCCCACCUCUGAUGUCUUUCUCUUCUGAGGAGCCUGGAAGACGGAUCCUGCCUCUCAUUGUUCCCAGCUUAAGCAUCAGGUCAGCUAUAGUCAAGAAAACAGUCCUUUUUUUCCCCCACAGGAAAAAAAGCCCUCCUUUUCCUCUUCCCUUCACUCAUGUACCCACUACCUGGGCCCUUCUGGGUCCGAGACUGGGUAAUGGUGGUCCCGUGUGGUUGCCCUCACACCAUGGCCACUAAGUGUCCCUCCUAGCACAGGGAGGCAGCCCAGGCCUUGUUUCUGGGAAGGCCUGUGGGGCUGGCUCUUCCCUCCAGGAACUGAGAGAGAGAGACACCCUGCCUGGCGGGCCUGUCUGUACCCUGAGGCAGGGUUUCCAGGGAGACGUUGAGGGCAUUGGAAUCUGGGGGCCCAUGUCUAAAGCCCCAGACUUUUCCUACCUAUCAAGGACCUGCAGAAAUGCUGGAUGAACAAAUGCAGACCCAAGAAAUUCCUUGUGUCCAACCCAUCGGUGCACUGAUGGGAAACAGAGGUCCCAGAGAGGGAAAGUGACCUGCCCAAGGCCUUACAUUCCUACCACAGCUGGAGUGGCCCAGGCUUCAUGGCCCCUACCCCAGCCCUGACCUCUUGACACUACACUCCAGGGGAAGUGAGGCACUGGGCUUACACACGACAGUUCCCGCCUGCUGCCUGCCUGGGGCUUGCUCCUGCCUGUUGCCUGCCCCAAACCACACUAGCAGCAAGGUUCACAGGGGCAUGAAGGUUGGACCUUCUGCUGCAGACACAAAGCACAUCACCAACUGAGGCCUGGGGUGAUCAUUUAAAUCCCACCAAGUGCCCAUCAGCCCUUUCCCAGUUUGCAGGGAAAGCAAGGCUCCAACCCCCACACAGUACCUGGCAACAUUUGCUACUCAUGGAGCCUUGGUUUCCCCGUCUUGAAGAAGGCUCUGAGUAUGUUCAGGGUUUCACAUGCCCUGUCCUAAUGGUGUCUUCAUGAUCCAGUGCUGUGGUGUGUCAUCUUCAUCUGGCAGAUAAGCUAAGAGAUUCACAGAGGCCAAGUAGUUCGCCAAAGUCACGCAACUUGGAAAGGGCACGCCAGGCCUCGAGCCCAGGUCCUCCGACUGCCACAUCCUCUGGCUGGCUGGGGAACAGGACUCCCCAGUGCCCGCCCUCCUGUGCUGCUGUGGGCUCAGCAGAGAUUCAGGGGAAGACUCAAUGAGCUCUGGUGCAUGAUGGAGAUGAGGGAUCCUGCUGCCUCAUUCUAGAUGGCUUGGAAAUCAUUCUUGCCACUUCGGGCUUCCCCAGAGGCCCUGCAGCCCUGGCCUGGAACCCAGCUGCCCCCACCAGCCAAUGAGUCUGUGGGCCAGGCCUCAUUCUGCAAGGGGGCUAAAGCAGCUGGAAUAGGGGAACCCCCAGGGGCCUAGGGCAGGACAGGAGAUGGUCUGUUUUUGAGUGGCCUCAUGUCUUCAUGAGCACUGGGGAUAUUCUUAGAUUUGCCUUUAGGAGGGCCUCGAAUAGGAGCCUCACAGUCGCUCUGUGAAGACAUGGAACUCCUUAGUGACAAAGCCUAGAGGGGACUAUGAGUCUCAUCUCAUACACCUGUUAGACACAAGGAGAAACGGAGGCCCAGUGGACCUGUAGAAGGCCCACUGGCACAAGAACCCAGGACUCCUGGCUCCCAGUCCAGGGCCCUCUUCUGCCUCAGGCUGUGCAAAUACAGACUUGGUCAUGAAAGGUGAGUCACAGCUGACUACAGGGACAGACUGGGCAGUGGGGUUUCUGGGCAGCCAGCCCAAGUGGAGGAUGGAGCUCUUGGGCAGGGGGCCCCCACAAGGAGUGAUGGAGCUUUCACCAGGACAUUGGCACUGUUCUGGACUCCUUAAAGAUUGUACCUGUUAAAAAGUUCUUUGAGAAGUUGCAGUAUGAGCUCUACCUUUGACCCCUAAGCUGGCUUAUUUCCUCUGAUCCAUCAGCCCAAAAAUGAUGGGAAAUUUGAUGCCCCCCAAAAAAUGUCAUUCCACAGUAAGGUGUCAGUAUUGCGGGGGAUCACUGAAAAGAACGGCAUCCACCUUCACCCCCCACCCGUUUCCCUCUCUGGUCUCCUCCCCACCCACCGCCACCACUAGCCGAUCCUCUAUGGGCCUGUCUUCCAACCCCGAAGCGGUAACUUCCUGACCUCUAGUGGUGAGAGCGAGGAGCUGCACCUCCCAGCCCACGCAUGUCCUGCCCUAUGUUCUCAAACCAAGAGAACCUCCCGAUGCAUGGACUGGCUGUCAUUGACGCAGACUCUCGUGCACUGCUUAAAACACCGUUUUGCUACCAUGUGAUGGCUGCAGAAACCAUCCUUAAAUUGCAGCCCCACACACAAUUUUUGUACUUUCGUCUGACCUACCCAAAGGUGUCCUUUUUAAGUCUUAUUUGUUAAUAUUUAUAAUGACAUAUAAUCCAAAGUAAAUGGAAAUGUUCAUUGC